CCGGUACACGCUGCUCCUUCAUAUCUCCGCCUAGAACUCCUGUUCUGACCUGGACUACACUGUCAGUCUUACAUCACUUUUAACAGCAAUUCGCAAAAUCGGAACGUCACUGCAAGCUACAGAGUAACACUUACCCUCAAGUUCUGAAUGACGGGCGGUCGAUUCGACUUUGAUGAUGGGGGGACCUACUGCGGAGGGUGGGAGGAUGGCAAAGCCCACGGCCACGGUGUGUGCACCGGACCCAAGGGCCAGGGAGAGUACUCUGGCUCCUGGUCGAACGGUUUCGAGGUAGUUGGCGUCUACACCUGGCCCAGUGGGAACACGUAUCAGGGUUACUGGGCGCAGGGGAAGAGACACGGGCUCGGGAUUGAAACCAAAGGGAGGUGGAUUUACCGAGGAGAGUGGACUCAUGGGUUAAAGGGCCAUUACGGAGUCAGGCAAAGCGUAAACACGCCGGCCAGGUACGAGGGUACCUGGAGUAACGGCCUGCAGGACGGGUAUGGCGUGGAGACGUAUGGUGAUGGAG